AUGGUGAAGAGGGGUACCCGGGCCAGUCUCACCGGUCUGCAGAAUCCUGGUCUGGAGCUGGAGAUGACAGGAAGCACCAACACAAUCCAGGUCUCGGGGAGUCCUCAGGUCUCAGGGAGUCCUCAGGUCUCGGGGUGUCCUCAGGUCUCGGGGUGUCCUCAGGGGUCCAGGUCUUCGGUGUCCGCAGCAGUGAAGGCUGCAGCUCGGUGGGCGUCAUACUCCUGCGGCCGCUGGAAGCAGAGAAGAAGAAAAGUUACAGGUGUUCAUCUGGAGACGAAGUACAGAGGUCUGGCUGAGGAUGAAGAAGGGGAUGAAACUGACGGGACAAAUAUAAAACUACUGAAUCACUUCAGACAGCUGGCUGCUACCGACCAGGACACUGACCAGGUGGACCUCGACUUCCUGGAUCAGGUGAUCUCAGAUGGAGCCGACCCAAACAGCUCAGACAGAUUUGGACAAACAGUCCUGCAUGAGGUCUCCAGGGCGUGGAGUGUGGAUGUGAUGCGGUUCUUCGUGGACCGAGGCGCCGACCUCCACCGGCCGGACCGGUUUGGGGUCACAGCACUUCACGUGGCAUCUGCGCUGGACUACCAGGACAUGGUUCACUUCCUGCUGGACCGAAAAGCGGAACCAGAGCCUCGGACUCUCCUCGAUCAGCAGACUCCUCUUCACUUCGCUGCUAAGAACGACGCCGUAUCUUCCAUCAGACUGCUGCUGCAGGCCGGAGCCUCCAUCAGCUGCACCGACUACAAACGCAGAACGCCGCUGCAGCUCGCCGCCAACCUGGAGCGCAGUGAAGCAGCCCGCUUGCUGCUGGAGCUCGGGGCCGAGGCCGGAGUGAUGGACUCUGAUGGACAGCUCUGUAUAACUGCUCUGAUUGGUCGAAUGAGUUCAGUGGCGCGUCUGGCCCUCAGUCAGUUCCAUGUGACCGACAGAAUGACCCGACAACAGUACUUCUACCUGAACCUGCUGGAACCAGAACCUUGCUCACCUGAGACUCACCUGCAAGAUGCAGUCCUCAGUGAGCCGAUGUCUCCACUGGAGAUGGUGGUGAAUCAUGGGAAGUUGGACCUGAUCAUGAAUCCAGUUUUUCUAAAACUGAUCCAGGUGAAAUGGGAACUGUACGGCAGGCUGGGGGCGUGGCUUCUCCUCAUCCUCAACUUCCUGUUCAACGUCUCCUGGACAACCGUCGCCAUCUCUGUGUCCGUCUACCGAGACUCACCUUACCGCUACGUCCUCCCCCAGGAGGUGUUGAGGGAGGUGCAGGACAUCCUGCGUUCAAAGCGGAAGCUCCGCCUCUGGCGGUGGAACGUCUUUGAUUGGCUCGUGUACUUCCUGCUCACGGCGGCCUUCAGCGUCCACAUGGCAGACGUGCUCCGACCGUCCGCCCACCUCCACACCGCCAGCCUGCGUCUGUUCGCUGUCACCAUUGUCUUCCUGUGGCUGAGACUGAUGAAGCACGUCAGGGCCUUCAGGUUGAUGGGUCCGUUUAUCGUCAUGUUGGGGAACAUCAUCGGGGACGUGAUGUGUUUCCUUUUCCUGUACGCUGAGAUCUUCAUCCCGUACGCCUGCAGCUUCUGGAUCAUAUUCGGAGGUGUGUUUCCCAGUAUGCAGUCUGUCUCCGGCCUGCUCUACAGUCUGUACCGCAUCACUCUGGUAGACGAGUACGAGUACGCUGCCAUGGCGGCGCUGGACGGCGUUAUGGCUCCUCUGCUGUGUGGGACGUUUCUGGCAGCGUCUUCCAUCCUGUGUGUCAACCUGCUGAUCGCCCUGCUGACAGACACCUUCCAGAGAGUGCACGAUAACUCGCAGGCUAAUGCUGUGAUGCAGCAGGCCGCCGUCAUCCUGCAGGUUGAGGAGUCUAUGUCCGUCCUCCGCCAUUUCUACAACAACCAGUACAUCUCCAACCACUGCGCGCCGCUGGCUGACGCCCACGACGUCAUGGAAACAAACCCCCGUUACCAUGACGAGAUGGCCCACAUCACCACGCAGAUCAAAGACACUCUGGAUCAGUUCCUCGUCCUGCAGAGAGACGUGGAGACAGUUGGAGGUUCUGGCAGGGUCCACAAGGACCGGAACCAGGACCACAACCUGCAGGAGCUGCAGGAGCUGCAGAACCAGAACCUGCAGGACCUUAAGGACCAGGAGCUGCAGGACCAGGAGCUGCAGAACCAAGAGCUGCAGAACCAGGAUCUCCGGCACCAGAACAUGCAGAACCAGGAGCUUCAGAACCAGGAGCUCCGGUACCAGAACGCACAGAACCAGGAGCUGCAGAACCAGGAGCUGCAGAACCAGGAGCUCCGGCACCAGAACAUGCAGAACCAGGAGCUUCAGAACCAGGAGCUCCGGUACCAGAACGCACAGAACCAGGAGCUGCAGAACCAGGAGCUGCAGAACCAGGAGCUCCGGCACCAGAACAUGCAGAACCAGGAGCUCCGGGUUAUCCGAGCGGAGCUGCAGCAGCUCCAGACUCUGGUCCAGCAGCUGGUUCAGAACAGGACUGAUAAAGGUUGA